CUGGGGAUGUGUCGAAUGUAACACCCUCGCGAGAGUCUUAUUUGCUGUUACUUAGGUUAGGUUUAUAUUUUGUGGUAGUAUUAAGGUUAGGUUUAUGGUUAUGUGUAGGGUUUCCGUGGGACCUUCUAGAAACGACCCGUCUCAAUAGAUCCGUUUCUGUUUUUGAAAGUCUCCCGAAGUUUCUUUUCGGGUAGGCGCGCGCUAGUGUGCGUGCACGCUGUGAGUCUUGUCUCGUCUCUCUUUUGUAUGCGCUUUAUUUGCCGACGGCGGCGUUCUAAAUAAGAUCAUACAUCGUCAAAUCCAUUGUUAUUACGUAACGUCGCGUAUUUCGACACAUUUAUAAAAACGGGUAUUUCUGUUGCGCACUAAUGUCCAUGGGGCUGGAGUCUGGAUUUUCUAGCGAGGAAGUGCUGAAUACUCGCUUCCCUCUUCACCGGGCGUGCAGAGAUGGGGAUGUUGGCGCGCUGUGCUCGCUUCUCCAGUGCAGCACUGAUCAACUCUCUGUGGAAGACUCUUUCUACGGUUGGACACCGUUACACUGGGCUGCACACUUCGGCAAGCUGGAGUGUGUUAUGCAUCUAGUGCAGGUGGGAUGUGGUGUGAACUCCAUGACCUCUCGCUUUGCCCAGACGCCUGCUCAUAUUGCUGCCUUCGGGGGGCAUCCUCAAUGCUUGCUCUGGCUGCUGCAAGCUGGUGCUGAUCUUAAUAGACAGGACUAUGUGGGAGAAACCCCCCUCCACAAAGCGGCCCGGGCUGGCAGUGUUGACUGCAUUAACACCCUGCUGCUACAGGGAGCCAAGGCAGACAUGAGGAACGCUAGUGGACUGACAGCAGCUGACCUAACCCAUGCCCAGGGUUUUCAAGAGUGUGCCCAACUGCUUUCCAAUGCCCAGAACCAGGAACUCAAUCAGAUUAAUGGGCUCUCAUCAAACGGCUCUUUGUGCUAUGGGGACCGCAAAUUAAUCCAAGAGCGGGGCAUUCUUAAUGGGGUACCCAAUCGAAAGAGGUCUCUUGAUUGCAUGGAGCCAAAUAAAAUUAAAAAGGCCAGAACGGAUGAUCUUGGUUUUCAGGCGAUGAGUGGAGUUAAUGGAUGCAGUGGAGGAGACCAGAUGGAGAACAUACAAAUGGAGUUUGGGCCAACUUUGAGUACCACAGCAGGACUUUCUUUAAGUGGACAUUGCCAUCGUGUGCAACACCUCAACAGAGGUGACCUGAUGCAUGGAAAUAUAAAUGGGAUUUCAACAAUCCCAUCAGAGAUUGGGAAUGAAAGCAUUGGGCAUCAUGGUUACUUUGACAAUGGCCUGCACUUUGGGCAUCAUAACGGCUUUGGAGAUACAGCUGAGAAUAUGGAGGAUGCCUGCAGUCAGAUAGAGCACCUCAAGUCAGUUAGUGCUGAGGAGCAGUAUGACCACAUCACCUUUAACACCAUGCACCUCUUUCAUGGGUGUUAGGAUGUCCCGUCCAAAGUCACAUGCCUUCAUAUAUCCAUACAGAAUGCAUUGCUUUAAGUUCAUGCCCUUAUAAAGGGACACUGUAUUACAUUUUCCUUUAUUAUUAUUAGCUUAAGUUUUAUAAGUAAAAUUAGUACCUAUUAAAAAUAUAUAUAUUUUUUCUCUCUCUCUCUCUAAUUAGGGCCAUUUAAAUUGAGAUGACGUUUGUCAAGAUGUUUCUGUUGAGAAGCCCAGAGGCUGUUGAUGUUUAUGUAUUAUUUUUAAGGAUGUUGCUUGUAUUACGGGUGCCUACAUAUAAAAUAUAAUUGUUUAUUGUCAUCUCUUAUGUUGUAAUUGGAGCUAUGUAUGAAUAAAAUGGUAAAUUGAAAAAAGCAUCUGU